AUGGCUGACUUCCAUAAACAGACUGAGAGGAUUCGGAAGUUUUUGUCUGAAGUUGAAGUUGCAAGUGAUGCAGAAGAUGACAGUGAUGAUAAGGAAGAUUUUGUUGAGGAAGAUGAACAUUUUUCUGACUCUUAUAGCUAUGAGUCAGAGACUGAUGUUUUACCACAAAAACCCCAACGAAAACAAUCCAAGAAGGAAGGGUGGUUAGGAAAAGAUCAAAAAACAUGGUGGGAGAGUAAAGUACCUAGUUCAUUAGUUCGUGCUCGUUCUCAUAACGUAUUCCGGGGGAGACAAGGUCGGAAAGGCCCUGCACUAAAGGCGCAGUCUCCUACUGAUUUUUGGUGCCUCUUUAUUACUCCUGAAAUAUUAGAUUUAUUGGUUGACAAGACUAACGAGUUUAUCAGUGAUAGGAGACCUAAUUUUGAUGUGACAAGCAGAGCCAGGGAUACUGACAUUGUGGAAAUGAAAGCAUUUCUUGGACUACUACUUUUAGCUGGCAUUUAUCACAGUAAUAGAAUGAACCUUGAUGAUUUGUGGAAUGUCGAUGGCACAGGUGUAGAGGUAUUCAGAUUGACAAUGUCAUUACAAUGCUUUCGUUUCCUCUUAUGCUGUAUAAGAUUCGAUAGCAAAGUAACACGUCUUGAAAAAAGAAAAGUGGAUAAGCUUGCUCCAAUUAGAGACUUGUUUGAAAUGUUUGUUGAGAACUGUGUGAAAAAUUAUUCUCCAUCAAAGUUUGUUACAAUUGAUGAGAUGCUUGUAGCUUUCAGAGGUAAAUGUCCCUUCAGACAAUAUAUACCAAGCAAACCAUCCAAGUAUGGAAUAAAGAUACAGGCAAUGGCUGAUGCAAAAACUUACUACGUUUGUAAAAUAGAAAUAUAUGCCGGAAAACAGCCUGAUGGCCCAUUCAAGGUAGAUAAUUCGGCCAAUGGUGUAGUCUCAAGGCUUAUCUCAGAGAUCUCAGGAUCAGGUAGGAACGUCACAUUUGACAAUGAUUCUUUCCCGCUAGUCAAAAUGCUAAUGGAAGUCCAUAAAUUAAGUUCGGUGGGCACACUUCGAAAAAACAAGCGCGAAAUUCCUAAAGAAUUCUUAGAUAUGAAGAACAGAUGUAAUUAUGACAGUAUGUUUGGUUUCACAGGCGGAAUUACACUGGUUUCAUACAUCCCGCAGACUAAAAAAAAGAAAAAUGUUGUUGUUCUCAGCAGUAUGCACUAUGACAACAAAAUUGAUCCAAAUUCUGGUGAUAAAAAAAACCAGAAAUUAUUACCUUUUACAAUGCAACUAAAGGAGGUGUUGAUAUGGUCGACCAGAUGGCAGCCAUGUAUGACACUUCAAGAAAUAGCCGUCGUUGGCCCAUGA